CUAGGUGGUGAGGUUCAAAAGCAAAUUGAGUCCAACAAGGAGAGAGCAAGAGAAAGAUGGCUCGUUUCGAGAGCAAAAACAACCUAUUCAUUGAAAUUUCUCACAACAGGUUUCAGUGAGAUACUAGGCGCGUUUGUGUUGAGUGUAACUCGAGGCUGCUGUGCUCCACUAAACGGCGUUUUUUGAAGUGGACUUUGCACAAAGGAGGAUCUGUGUUGGUGCACGGGCGAAGGAAGCGACGAAGGUGCGCUCAGGUAAUGUAACACCGAGCAGGGUCACGUGAUCGACGCUCAAAACCGCUUUCCCUAAAGAGGAUGUGAGCGAGCACACCGCUCGCUCUUGAAGCAGGUGCUUUUUAUUCUUAUUCUCCUUAUUAUUUUCAUUCCUAUUGGGACGCGUUGAAAACAAGAUUUGAUUGUCCGUUUACAGCCCGACCGAUUGAGUCAUCGGAAGCACAUUGGUCUCGGCAGCAUUUGUCAGCAGAUGGACCCCAGCUGAUGCCAGCCAGACCCGGUCCGUGCCUGCGCACCUGGCCCGGUUCUAGACAUGGACAGGUGGCCUUGCAUGCCCGGCAUCGUGGUGGGGCGAGUCCUUUUUCUCCUCCUGGUGCCCUUCGCUAAUCAUGCCUGGGGGAACAACACUGUAUCGAGUAACUUCAGAUCACAAAAUGCAACAGAGACUCACAUUGCAGCCAUAGUGGCCCCCACCGUCACAUUGGGCCUCCUCGCCAUAAUCUUGGCAGUAACGGGCUGGCUGCUGUGCGUGGUAAAGAAAAAGCGUCAGACGGAAGGCGCGUACCGACCAAGCGCCGAGGAGCAGUGCGGCACUCGCAGCGUGGCCGCCACUGACAUACUCAAGCUCCCCAAGGAGGAAAGACUAAUUUGAGGAUCCUCUUUGUUGGGGGUCCCAGCUGAAAAUCAACUUUUUCUUGAAAGCGGUCUUCAAUCAUUUUCCUCUGCACAAAUGAAAGAGGAGCUCCAGUAUUUUAUCACUACCUAACGUUUUUCACUUGACGUGGCUUUAAACUUUUUUAGUGAUAUGUAUUAUGCACCAUAUAGUAAAACAAUACCUCAAUGCCAGUGGUCAUGGCAGAGCUAGAGGGGGGGCUGCGAGGGCACUGGCCUCCACUGAAAUAUCCUUGCAUCCCCCCAUGCAACAUUUCUACCCGUACCCCAAAGAGAACAUUUAAUCAACCUUUAUUAGCAUUUUUUUGAAGAAGUGCACUUGAACAUUUUGUUACCCCAACACAAUACUCAUCACAAGUCAAUUUUAGUUUGAAUCAACAGCUGUUUACACAUGUAGGACAUUUCAUUUGAUCAAUUAGUGUCAUGGUGUUGUCUGUUUUAAAGUUAAUUUAUACCUUUGUCUAAUAAAGGAUUGCUGUAUUUGUA